AUGAAAACCAAUCUUCCUGCCACUCCAGUUCUCCCCGACGAGCAGAAGCUCAUGACAGAUGGUGCAAACUUGGCAAAUUUUAAGGAAGUGAGAAUCAGCAUGGCACGGGGAAGAGGAGUAGAAGGGUACCUGUUUGGGACAGUGGCCGAACCAUCUGGAUUUGUGGCAAACAUUGGCACCCUCGGAUUCUCCCCAUUGAACUCGACAAUGCCUUCGCCUGACAAAUAUUCCCUACGUGAUGGAUGGGUUGCCGCAAUGCUGUUUCAAAAUAUCAGAGACCCCCGAUUGCACGAUCUCAAAGGAACCGAUUCGGCGCACCUCAUCUGCACGACGCUUGUUACCAAGUUCAACAGAAGCACGGAGCUUCUGGUCGGACUGAAGAUGGAACGAUGUGACAAUCAACCCAAAAACAAAGUCGAAAAGAGAACACACGAAUCCACCAUUUCGUACCGAUUCCCAUCGUCAUCUGGGAGUCCAUCCCCUCCCCCCAUCAUACCAUCGUUGCCCGAUCUGGCGCAUCAAAACCAACCCGGGCCCUCCAACCCCUACCUCGCCCUCCUGCCGCCUGAAGACGAGUUCCCCGACCUUGGCGAGUUACCCUCCAGACAACCACCCUCGCCCCCACCUACCGCACCUGCUCCUACCAUGUCAGGACAUCACCGCAUCACCCUUGCCGCCAAUCCCCCCUACUUCGAUGGCGACAAGUCCAAGUACCUGGGCUUUGUGGAUGCGUGCACCACUUACAUCGGUGCCUAUCGGUCAGAGUUCUCGCUGGACGAGACGAAAAUCCUCUUCGUCCUGUCCUACCUCCGCAAUGAGAGCGGCACAAGCUGCGCCGCCUCAAGAUGGGCGAUGAACUGGAAGCAGCACAAUUUCGAGGGCUUCCAAGGACUAAAGGCGGGAGUCACUGCGACAAGCUUCUUGGAGGAGCUUCAGAGGGCCUUUGGGGAUUCCAACGCGGAGCAAGUCGCUGCCGCCCGACUCAUGGCCCUUCGCCAGGGCAGACGGUCCUUUGCGGACUACAUCUCCGACUUUGGAAUGCUGGCUGCAGACGCGAGAUACAAUGUGGUCACCUCCACUGACAGCAAGGGCGAGUACAAGAAGGGGGAACAGGACAAUAUCCUCAUCGAGUUCCUGGAGCGCGGACUCAGCAGCGAAAUUGCAAGCCGCCUCUACAACACUGGCGUCCCCCUGCCCAAGGCAUAUGGUGCCUUCAAGAACUGGUGUGUCAACAUCGAGGCGAACACUCUACGCGAUCAGCUGCGCAAAGCAUCGCAUGCGCAAUCCGCACCACGACCGCCUCCCCAAUUGCGCCCGCAGGUAGCCCCAAUGACACCUGCACCCGCCCCAGCCCGACCCGCUGCCAACAAACCAGUUCCGAUGGAAAUCGAUCGCACCCACACCCGCGGCCGCAAUAUCAUCUGCUACAACUGUCAGCAGCCUGGGCACAUUGCGCGGAACUGUCCGGAGCCAAGGAAGAAGCGCACCUCCUUCAAUCGGGCCACGAUGCUGGAAGAAAUCGAGAACGGGGACAAGGACAACGAGUUCCUCAAGGAGAUCGCUGAGAAGCUGCGCGAGAAGGGUUUUUGA